AGAACUGAGUGUACGAGGGUUUGGAUUCUUUUGAGUUUUGACAAUUUAAACCACAGGCAUUAGGGUUUUACUCAAGGGCACAAGGCCCUGUCCCGUUCUGGUAAUUUUGUAAAAUGUUGGGUUAGCUUGUGGAGAGCCUUUUGGUGGUAGGGAGAAAGAAACCCCACACGCACACACACCCCACUCCUGUCUCUGGCUUUUUCCUGGCAGCAUUUUGGUGUGGAAUGCAAGGGUAAUUGAAGUGGGGUUCCUAAAAACAAAUCUCCUAAUAGUAGAUCUGUUUUUUCUGUGGUCAUACAUGAUCUUGGGUUCUCGUCUGCUUUUAGAAUUUUGAUAGCUGGUUCUCAAUUCAUGAGAUGUUAAGUUUUCUGAGUUUCUUCAUUUUGAGAUCUCUCUCUGGGGUCUGAAACAUGUCUUGUUCCUAUUAAGCUUCUAGUAUAUUUUUUUUCCCUUUUGUAUUGAGCAUAUAAUUAACACUUUGUCCUUUUGAGUGGACAAUAUGGCAAAAUUUUCCCGUUGGUGGGGAAAAGACACAAGGAAGGGAACACCAGUGGUAGUUACAAUGGAAAACCCCAAUUUCUCAGUACUAGAAAUUGAUGGGCCUGAUGCCGCUUUUCGGCCGGUGGACAAAGAUAGAGGGAAGAAUGCCAAACAGUUCACAUGGGUUUUACUUCUGAAAGCACAUCAAGCCGUGGGUUGCCUUUCUUGGAUUGGUAAUUUCCUCUGGGCAUUACUCGUUACUAUCAAGAAAAGGUUGAUACUAGGCCAAGGUGUGGGAAUGGAGAGUGAGAAAUCUAAGGGAAAGUUACUGUUGAGGAUCAUUUUGGGAUUCUUAGUGACUGCUUUGGCAUUUCUGGGGUUUGAAGUGGUUGCCCACUUCAAUGACUGGCAUUAUUUCCAAAACCACAAUUUGCACAUCCCACAAACUUGGGAGAUUCAAGGAUGGAUGCACAAGCUGUAUGUGGGUUGGUUGGGAUUUCGUGCCGACUAUGUUGCUCCUCCAAUUCAGUCUGUUUCUAACUUCUGUGUUGUUCUCUUCCUGAUUCAAUCUGCCGACAGGCUGAUUCUUUGUCUUGGUUGCUUCUGGAUCAAGUUCAAAAAGAUCAAGCCACGAAUUCAAGGAGAUCCGUUUAAUUCGGAAGAUUUGGAGGGUUCUGGAUAUGACUAUCCCAUGGUUCUUAUCCAGAUUCCAAUGUGUAACGAGAAGGAGGUGUACGAACAAUCUAUCUCAGCCGUAUGCCAAAUGGAUUGGCCGAAAGACCAUUUGUUGAUACAAGUUCUUGAUGACUCUGAUGAUCAAAGCAUUCAGUUGUUAAUCGAGGGUGAGGUUUUAAGAUGGAGCCAAAAGGGUGUCAAUAUUAUCUAUCGCCAUCGUUUGGUUAGAACUGGCUAUAAAGCUGGAAAUCUUAAAUCUGCUAUGAAUUGUGAUUACGUCAAGCAAUAUGAAUUCGUUGCAAUCUUUGAUGCUGAUUUCCAACCAAAUCCGGAUUUCCUUAAGCUUACAGUUCCGCAUUUUAAGGACAACCCCGAACUUGGUUUAGUUCAGGCUAGGUGGUCCUUUGUGAACAAGGAUGAAAAUCUGUUGACGCGAUUGCAAAACAUUAAUUUGUGCUUUCACUUCGAAGUGGAGCAGCAGGUUAAUGGAGUGUACCUCAACUUCUUUGGUUUCAAUGGGACUGCUGGUGUGUGGAGAAUCAAAGCACUAGAGGACUCUGGUGGUUGGCUUGAGAGGACAACAGUGGAGGAUAUGGACAUAGCGGUUCGUGCUCAUCUCAAUGGCUGGAAAUUCAUUUUCCUUAAUGACGUCAGGGCACUUUGCGAGGUUCCCGAAUCUUAUGAAGCUUACAAGAAACAGCAACAUCGUUGGCAUUCUGGUCCAAUGCAACUCUUUCGGUUUUGCCUUCCUGCCAUCAUAACUUCCAAGAUAUCAUUUUGGAAGAAAUCAAACUUAAUCCUACUAUUCUUUUUGCUGAGGAAACUCAUUCUCCCAUUCUAUUCAUUCACAUUGUUUUGCAUCAUUCUUCCGUUAACCAUGUUCGUCCCUGAAGCUGAGCUACCCUCAUGGGUUAUUUGUUACGUUCCCGUAUUCAUGUCAUUCCUAAGCAUUCUCCCUGCACCAAGAUCCAUCCCAUUUAUAGCCCCUUACCUUCUAUUCGAAAACACCAUGUCUGUGACCAAAUUCCAUGCCAUGGUCUCUGGACUGUUUCAAUUAGGAAGCUCGUAUGAAUGGGUUGUCACAAAAAAGGCCGGCCGGGCAUCAGAGCCAGACCUUUUGGCUGCGGAAGAAAGGGAAUCUAAGGCAAUGAAUCACCUACCACUUCAUAGGGGUGUUUCUGAGAGCGGGCUUUCUGAGCUCAACAAAUUUAAAGAACAUCAAGAAUCAGGUUCGAAACCUCCUGCGAAGAAGAUGAACAAGAUAUACAAGAAGGAGCUUGCUUUGGCCUUCUUACUACUUACUGCUGCACUUAGGAGCCUUUUAUCAGCUCAAGGGGUACAUUUCUACUUCUUACUAUUCCAAGGUGUGUCAUUCCUCCUUGUGGGUCUUGACCUUAUCGGUGAACAAGUAAGCUGAGGGGGGGGGGAACCCAUAAAUUAUUAAUUGAAGAAAAAAAGAUGGACUCUUUGCAUUUUUUAGAGUGUUCCAAUCAAUCAUUGCCUUUGUGGCGGCAGCAGGUGACCUGGGAAAUAUGUUUAAAUUCUUCCCACAAAAAGUCAAAUCAUAUAGAAUUAUUUUUCGUCUUCUUGAUAGUAGAUGGUUUUCCUUGUUCCUUUGCUAUAGUUUUUGGGGGUUAAUUAUGACCUAGGCCAAUCUUCAACAUUGUACCAUCAUCAUCACCACAUAAAUCUUGUUUCUCUUCCUUCCGCUUCUUUUGGUUCUUUAAAUUAUUGUUGUUGUUGUUGUUUGUUAUUCAUAUGUACGUAAGACCAGAGGAGAGGGUCUUUCUUCAUUCAUUGUAUUCUAGCUUGGGCGUGGUUUUCCCGUCAUGUACUUAAACAAACCGUCAAAAUUAGCUUUAUGUUGUGUGCCAAAAUUAGAGCGCAUGUUACCAUCUGUAAAUGUGCUCCAGUUAAUUAAAAUCCCAUUUGAUUGGUCCUC